AUGGCGACCUUCCCCAUAGCAUCGUUACGGGAUCUGCCAAAUUAUGGAUCCGUCACUCGCCAUGACGAAGUGACGGAUUUCCUAGACGGCGGCCUAGCGGCCUGGCUCACCGUCUUCGGAGCCUUCCUCGCCCUAUCCUGCUCCUUUGGCCAGAUGAAUGCGUUCGGGACAUACCAGUCGUGGUACACCACCCACCAGCUGCAAGACAUGCACCCCUCCACCGUCGCCUGGAUCGGAUCGGUCCAGCUCUGGGUAUUUUUCUUCUCCGGAGGUUUCAUCGGCCGCAUGUUCGACAUGUACGGCCCGCGCGCCAUCAUGGCGCUCGGCACCACGGUGUAUGUCGCAAGCAUCCUGCUGACCAGCAUCGCGUGCUCCUACCCGCAAUACAUCCUUGCGCAAGGCGUCUUGUCCGGACUUGGCGUAGGCAUGCUAUUCUACCCGCCGUUGGCAUCGAUUUCUACCCACUUCAACAAGUACAGAGCGACCGCGCUCGGGAUUGCGAUGGUUGGCUCCGGCUUAGGCGGCACCGUCUACCCUGUGUUGCUGCAAUAUCUGUUCGCCCACGUUGGCUUCGCGCGCGGCCUGCAAAUUUCAGCCGUCAUCUGCUUGGUACUCUGUGCCACGGCCACGGCGACCGUGACCAGCCGCAUCGCCCCCGGGAAGGUUGAGACGGAGAAGCCUUGGUUCAACCUCCGCGCGCUCAAGGAUGCCCGCUUCUCCCUUCUCGUGAUAGGAAGCUGUUUCGUGUCACUAGGUCUCUUCACGCCAUUCUGCUUCAUCGUUUCCUACGCGACCGACCACAACGUAGAUCCGACCACUGCGUUCUAUGUUCUCGCCCUGCUCAAUCUUGCGAGCGUGCUCGGACGCAUCGCCCCCGCACACUUCGCCGACGCCUUCGGGCGUUUCACCCUCCUCGUCCCUUGCGCGUUCCUCGCAGGCCUCUCCACGCUCCUAUUGUGGUCGACCGCCCAUACACUGCCGCAGCUCCUGGUGUACGCGGCGAUGUACGGCCUGUUCUCAGGCGCGUUCAACGCGCUGAUUGUGCCGUGCAUCGCACAGAUCUCGGACAUCAGGGAGAUUGGGAUGAGGAUCGGACUGCUGUACAGCAUCAUCUCCUUCCCAUCCCUCAUUGGCAACCCUACGGCGGGUGCUCUCUUGAGAGUAUGCCACGGCUCAUAUACGGGCCUCAUCGUUUUGAGCGGCGUCAGCGUCAUGGUUGGCUCCCUGUUCAUGCUGGCCUCGAAGCUGAGGAUCAACCCAGACCUAUUCGCACGAGUAUAGCUUCCACAACACGUCCAGAAUCAUUCGCCGUGGAUCCUCGCAAGAACAAUAUCAUUAUACAUUCACGGCACUAUUGCAUAUGUAUUAACAGACACUCAUGUAAAAUAUUCAGGAGUCAUUGGCC